CAAAUCAAGAUGUUUUUGUUUUGGUUUAGAUUGACUUCUGUCUUCGGGUUUUAGGUUAUAAAUAAAUAAACUUCCCGAGUUCUCUGAUUCACAAUGAUUGCUUGAAUCUUAUCCAGAGAGUGUUUAAAGAAAGACUGAAAUAUAAGUGAAAUUUAAAUUAUGUCUACCGCAAUCACGAAAGCCAGGGGACUAUUCAAAUUAUACCAAAAUGCUUUGAACCGGCGUCCGUACCUCAUGCAAGCAGUUCAAGCUGGUACAUUAAUGGGUGCUGGUGAUAUUAUAUCCCAAACAUUAAUUGAAAAGAAGUCAUUUAAAGACUACGAAAUCAAAAGAACUCUACAGUUUUCAUCCAUAGGAUUUUUUGUUGGCGGACCUGCACUGCGCAUUUGGUAUGGUAUUCUCAACAAGUACAUUGGAGCAUCUGGAAAGACAGUUGCAUUGAAAAAAGUUUUUAUUGAUCAAUUUAUUUUUGCACCUGCGUUCCUGCUGUUUUUACUUGGGGCCGUUGGGACAUUACAAGGAAAAUCAUGGCGUGUGGUCAAGUCUGACUUAGAAGCCAAUUACCCAGAUGUGUUACUUGCAAAUUAUUAUAUUUGGCCGUGGGUUCAGCUUGCGAACUUCUACUUUACACCUUUACAAUAUCAGGUGUUGGUUGUGCAAUCAGUUGCAUUGUUUUGGAACACAUAUCUUUCCUGGAAAACUAACAAGAAACAUGUUUCAGAUUAAUGUUGUAAUUAAAAUUUAUGAUGUUAUGAUUUUUCUACCUUCCAGGGACCUAUAUUGGUUUAGAAACAAUGAUGUCACCUGUACAGAAGAAUUAUUUUUUUAGAUAUAUUUAGCAAUGAUUUAAAAAUAUGUAGGUCAAUAUUACCUAAAGGCAGUAGGGCACCAACAUUUCUGACGAAAUCCACCUUUGUGAUAGGUAAGA